AUGGCUGAUCCAUUAAGCUUAUUACGACAAUAUAAUAUAAAUAAAAAGGAAAUCAUUGAACGAGACGGUCAGAUUAUAUUUGGCGAAUUUUCAUGGUCAAAAAAUGUGAAAACAAACUACCUAAAAUAUGGAUCUGGAAAGAAAGGUGCUCCAAAGGAAUAUUACACACUAGAAUGCUUAUUAUAUAUUCUUAAAAAUGUCGGACUUCAACAUUCGGUGUAUGUUAGGCAAGCGGCUGCUGAAGAUAUUCCAGCAGUUAAUCGUCCUGAUCGUAAAGAUUUAUUAGCAUAUUUAAAUGGAGAAACUACUUCUUGUGUGAGCAUUGAUAAAAGUGCACCAUUAGAAAUACCGACACAAGUAAAACGCCCUACAGAGUCCGAUGGAUACGAGAGUCUUGCAAAAAAGGCUCGAUUUGAAGAACUACAAGUUCAAAAGGUUAAGGAACAACUAGCUGCUCGUUUAGAUGUCAAUAAAAAGGAGGCAUCUGUUAAUAUUGACAAUAUUAAAUCGAUUUCGGAAACUUUGUCUGUCGAAAAAAUUGCUGCUAUUAAGGCAAAACGUUUAGCUAAUAAGCGUGUCACUAUAAAACAAACUGACAAAGAUGAUACUGGAGUCGGUGAUUUACGUGUCAUGCUUGAUUUUGAUGUAGAUUCUACUAAAGAUAUUUUAAAGCGUGAACGUCAAUGGCGAACUCGUUCUACAAUCCUUCAGAGCAAUGGAAAAACAUUUCAAAAAAAUAUUUCAGCCCUUCUGCAAUCAAUUAAAGCUCGAGAAGAAGGUAAAAUUCGUCCUGCUCCUCAAUUUGUUCCAAAAGUACCCGAACCAUUGAAUAAAGUUGGACGAUCCAAUCAACCGCAACAGACUCAAUAUAAUCGUUAUGAUCAAGAACGAUUUAUACAGCAAAAAGAAGUAACAGAGGAAUUUAAAAUUGAUACAAUGGGUACACAUCAUGGAAUGUCAUUAAAGUCAUCAUCGGGAAUAGUUCAGCAAAAAAAGAAUCCACAGGUCCCUUCUCUACCCACAGUCAGUCGUCCAAAAGAAUUAAUUCCUACUGCACAAGCACGUGUGAUUCCCUUAAAUUUGCAAAACAAACGACAGUCAAAAACGCCCAUUAUUAUUAUUCCUUCGUCACCUAACAGUCUAAUUACGAUGUACAAUGCGAAAGAGAUUUUACAAGACCUUAGAUUCAUUACGACAGAAGAGAAAAGAGCUUUGGGAUUACAACGUGAGAAUGAAAUAUUACUACAAAGACGAAAAGAUGGAAACCUAACUGUGCCAUAUAGGAUCGUUGAUCAACCUUCAAAAUUAACACCUCAGGAUUGGAGCCGUGUUGUAGCUGUUUUCGUCUUAGGUCCAGCUUGGCAGUUUAAAGGAUGGCCUUGGGAUGGGAAUCCUGUCGAGAUUUUUUCAAAAAUUGCUGCAUUUCAUUUACGAUUUGACGAAAUGAAGCUCGAUGGAAAUGUUUCACGGUGGGCCGUUACGGUUUUAAAUAUCUCAAGAAAUAAAAGGCAUUUGGAUAGAGCCUGCUUAAUGAACUUUUGGGAACAAUUGGAUAAGUACAUGAUAAAGUUUAAACCUGACCUAAGAUUUUAA